AUGUUUCGACUCGUACCGAGAUACACUUUUGGGCUCAAAGCUGUGAAAUCUCCCUUCGUGAUUAGGCCACAGACAUUUCAGACAUUCGCUUCAGUUGCAGCUUCAACUGUUGCUCAUGAACCGCCUAAAUUACAGCUCCGAGAUUAUCAGGAAGAAUGUAUCGAAUCGGUUUUAACUUCUUUGGAAAAUGGGCAAAAAAGAGUUGGCGUGUCCCUCGCUACUGGAAGUGGGAAAACAGUCAUUUUCACUCAACUGAUUGAGAGAAUUCCAUCAAACGAGAAUGCGCGGCAGACAUUGAUCUUGGCUCAUCGUCGCGAGCUUGUGGAGCAAGCAGCGAACCAUUGUCAGCGCCAGUAUCCUGAUAAAAAGAUCGAGAUUGAGAUGGGAAAUGUCCACGCAACGGGAACCGCAGAUAUCACUGUCGCCAGCGUACAAAGUAUAACGUCACAAGGUCGUCUUAAAAAGUUCGACCCGUCUCGUUUCAAGCUUUUACUGGUGGACGAAGCUCAUCACAUCGUCUCUCCAGGUUACCUCAAGACCCUACGCUACUUUGGACUCGACCAGAAGCGGCCAGAGUCCCCAAAUCUGGUCGGUGUAUCUGCUACGUUUUCGCGUUUCGACGGAGUCAAGCUUGGUGCGGCCAUCGAUGAGAUCGUCUACCACAAAGACUACAUAGACAUGAUUACGAAAAAGUGGCUAUCAGAUGUCAUUUUUACCACCGUCGAGUCCAAAGUAAACCUAUCAGAAGUCAGCAAGGGCGCUUUUGGUGACUAUCUUCCCGGAGAACUCUCAAAGGCAGUCAACACUAGCGAGACCAAUGAUAUUACAGUGCGCAGUUGGAUGGCAAAGGCUCAAGGAAGGAACUCAACUCUGGUGUUCUGUGUUGAUGUCGCUCACGUUGUUGAGCUAACAGAUCGCUUUCGACAGCAUGGCUUCGACGCAAGAUACGUGACAGGAGAAACACCAAAGGUUCAAAGGGCUAAGACAUUGGAUUCUUUUCGAAAGGGCGAGUUUCCAGUAUUAGUCAACUGUGGUGUCUUCACUGAAGGAACCGACAUUCCCAACAUUGACUGCAUCGUUCUUGGUAGGCCGACAAGAUCUCGCAACCUCCUUGUUCAGAUGAUCGGCAGAGGAAUGAGACUACAUCCAGGGAAGAAAAACUGCCAUAUCAUUGAUCUAGUCUCAAGUUUGGACACUGGAAUCGUGACUACGCCGACAUUAUUUGGCCUUGAUCCAAAUGUUCUGGUGGAGAGGGCAACAGUGAACGGCCUGCGCAAGAUCAAGGAGACGGGUCAAGACAUUAACGGACAGCCUUUGUCGUACCAUACAACUCCCGGACCCGGAUCUGGCAGUGUCACAUUCACAGACUAUGACUCAGUCCUGGACCUCAUCGCCGAUACAUCUGGCGAAAAGCACAUUCGUGCCAUCAGUAAAUACGCCUGGGUUCAAGUGCAAGGAGACAAGUUUAUUCUCUCCGCACCAGAUGGUUCCUACGUUCGCAUAGAAAGAGUGAGUGAAAGGUCCAACAAUUCGGCACCUGUCUACCGAGCAGUGGAGGUGCGAGCGCUACCAAGCGGUGUUGCUAAAACACCAUACGCAAUGCCAAAGGAGAUUCUCACUGCAACUACGUUCACCGAUGCAGUGCACGGAGCGGACAGUUUCGCAGCCAAAAUGUUCCCCCACAACUUCAUUCACCGUUACCAGCGUUGGCGGUCACUGCCACCUACACAAGGACAGGUCGACUUCAUCAACAGAAUGCGCGGCAAGGCAGAGCCUUUGAAACUUGAAGACUUGAACAAAGGCAAGGCUGCAGAUAUGAUCACAAAGCUCAAGCACGGCGCGCGUGGCCAGUUUGCAAGGAUAGAGGCACGACAGAGAAAACAGGAUAAGCAGAACAAAGCAGCAGAGGCUAAACGGCUCCGAGAGCAUGUAACCGUAGGACCUGUGGCAUCUUGA